UCUGCGCGCGGGCUUGUUCCCGUCAGCCUCUGCGCGCGGGCCCGGGCGUUCUUGCCCCGUUCCCGUCAGCCCUUGCGCACGGGAACGGGCGGUCGCGGCGCCUCGGCGGCUCCAGAACGUUCCCGGUGGCGGCGAUGGCGGCGGCGGCUCCUUCUCCGCGGUUCUCGGAGGCGGACAUCGACCGGGACCCGGGGGCGGCGGCGCAGGAACUGACAACAGCUUUGGAAAAGAAUCCAGAUGAUGCUGAAUAUUAUUGUCAACGAGCUUAUGCUCACAUUCUUCUACAGAAAUAUGCUGAUGCAGUUGCAGAUGCAAAAAAGUCCCUAGAACUCAACCCAAAUAAUGCUGUAGCACUCCUUAGAAAAGGGUUAGGUGAAUAUCAUAUCAAAAACUACGUAUCUGCUCUAGAGUCUUUCAGAGAGGGACAGAAGUUGGACAAUGUAGAUGAUACCUUUACUAUUUGGAUUAAAAGAUGCGAAGAAACACUGAAUGUGUCUCAGACGGAAGGGAAUGCACAGCAGCAGCCUUUGCCACCAAAGAUCAAAUAUGACUGGUACCAAACAGAAUCUCAUGUAAUUGUGACAAUAAUGAUCAAGAAUGCGCAGAAGGAUGAUGUCAGUGUGCAGUUCUCGGAGAAAGAGAUGAAUGCAUCAGUGAGACUUCCAUCAGGUGAAGACUGCAACUUGAAGCUUGUUCUUCUUCAUUCUAUAUUGCCAGAGCAAAGUACGUUUAAAGUGCUUUCAACAAAGGUUGAGAUAAAACUGAAGAAGCCAGAGGCUGUAAGAUGGGAGAAGCUGGAGGGCCAGGGAGAUUCUCCUAAGUUAAAGCAGAUUACACCAGAUACUCAGCACUUAUAUCCGUCAUCCUCUCACUAUAUGAGGAACUGGGACAAGCUGGUAGUUGAAAUCAAAGAAGAGGAGAAGAAUGAGAAGUUAGAAGGAGAUGCUGCAUUAAAUAAACUCUUCCAGCAAAUUUAUUCAGAUGGUACAGAUGAAGUGAAACGUGCCAUGAACAAAUCAUUUAUGGAGUCUGGAGGCACAGUUCUGAGCACCAACUGGUCUGAUGUUGGUAAAAGGAAGGUAGAAGUAAAUCCUCCUGAUGACAUGGAAUGGAAACAAUUCUAAUCUUAUUUUUUAUCUUUUACCAUGUAUGUGUUGCCAUAGUCAUGUACUGACCACAGUGUAUGGACAUAACAUUCUUGUAUUCAAAGCACUGAAUGUUCACUUGGAAACAGGGAUUGUCUUUGCAUUUUGCGUGCUUUAGGAAUUCCCUCAUCUGCAGAUGUUAAAGAUAUACUCAAGAGUGGAACCCUGUUUUUGUCAUCUCUGUCUAAUUUUUGGAAAUCGAGUCAAUCGCAGUCUAAAUUUUCUACCACUUUUAUCAGCUCUACUCUUUGGGGAUGGGGAGAUAUCUAAUGGGCUGGUCAGGAUUAUUGCCUUACACCCAAUGUUUCUGUUCAAUAACUUAUUAGAUUUUGGCAACUUUGGGUAAAAACACUUUUCAACAACAGUGUUAAAAUUGUUUGCUCUUAAUUCUGCUUAAUAAAACUGUAAAUAUAA